AUGGCUGCAACAAAGGUGAGCCUCAAGCUUUUCAUUGACAAAAAGAGACAACGGGUUCUCUAUGCUGAAGCAGACAAGGAUUUUGUUGAUUUCUUAUUUAGCAUUUUCACUCUGCCUCUUGGAGUUGUCACUAGGCUUCUGAAAGAAGGAGGCGGCAUGGUAGGCAGCUGGCAAAGCCUCUACCAGAGCAUUGAAAAUCUUAGUGUAACUCACAUCAAUCGAGACAAAAGCAAAUUCUUCCUGUUAGAACCCAAAGUAUUCAUGCCUGGUGCUAAAGUCCCACUCCUAUUGCCAAACAUUGGCUCAACAUUCCUUCAAUUGUAUAGCUGUACACAGCAUUCUUCCAACGUUAAGUUUUGCAGUUUCGUGGCUAUCGACGAUAGUGCAAUUUGUCCUACGUGCCUCUGUAAGAUGGACCAGAACGUAAAAGUCUUCGAUCCACUAUGUGAAUUCAUGGAAUUUUGCACUAGUGCGGGAGGUUACGUGAAAUGGAAGGCUACAUACAUGGUGAUGGAUGAUCUGGAGGUGAAGGUCUUGUCCACCAGCUCUUUUUUCACUCUACUUAAGGAGUUUGAUGUCGAGGGAAUAGGGGCUAUUGAGGAGAAAGUGGUCGAUUUGGGCAUGGAUGAGUUACUCGCUGUUUAA